CUGAGGGGAGACCGCCCGCGGCCUCCCCGGGCGCACGGGCCCGGCCCCCGGGGGGCAGCCGGAGGGUGUGGGGGGGCCCCCGGGGGUGCUGGCCGCCCUCGCUGCCGCCCCUGUGCCCUGCUGAGCCGGGGGUGGCGUGCCCUGGGGCUGCUGUGGUGCCGGGGUUGCCGGUGUCACCGGUGUCAGGCCCCCGCGGGUGGGCUGCUGCCCAGCGGGCUCCGCGGGCACGCCAGAAGCUGGCGGGCAGCUCUGUCUGCCCCCUCCUCAGCCGGGCGGCUGGUCUACCGCCUCCUCACCGGGCACCAGCCCGCCGGCUGUGCCUGUAGUGUCACUGGUUUUUAAUUGACGGUUCUGGGCGGAUGGGGAAGCCCCUGCAGUGGUGCUGCGCUCCCCGGCACACAUCUGGAGAAGCCAAGGGAAUUGGCGAUACCAGGCCACUGAACAUGCUGUUUGUCCAGAGAGGAGUGUGUUAAAUCCAGGGUGUGCCCUGUCCUGUGCCUGGCCUAGGCAGCCUUGUGCUUCAUUUUUUUCAGAGACUUUAUUAGUCAGUGUUGCUUUUGGUAAUACUGAGCUGGGUUAUUGCGUGUCAGUACCAUUACGGGGAAAAAAAUAGAUUUAUAAAGGUGUUAUUGUGAUGAAACUGUAUACGGGCAAAAAAAUGGAUUUAUAAAGGCAUUGUGAUCAAACUAUAUACGGGCAAAAAACCAGAUUUAUAAAGGCAUUACUGUGAUCAAACUGUACCAGGCCCCUGGGUGAAAAGCCUUCCUGAACUUCCCAAGUGACUGUGGAGACACCACAAUCGUUUUUUGUUGCUUUUUCAAAAAUACUCAACUGCACAGCUCUUGGUAACUAAACCUUACACUGAAUGUGCACGACACCUUGGCACAUGUGGCUCAAGGCGUAUCUGGUAAGAGCACAAGCGUUUAAGUACUUUGUGGACUUAAGAUUUCCUUUUUCGUUUCACCAGUAGCUCUGUGACUUCAGGAAAGUCACUGCAAACACAUCAGUUGCUUGGUUUCUGCAUCUGUGAAGCAUAAUCAUGAAUUUUGGCUGCUGGGAAUUGAAGGUGGUUGGGGAUUUACUCUACAGGAAAUAAUUGUGUGUGAUGUGAACUGAUGGGAUUGUAGCUCUAAGAUGAUGGCAAUAUUUACUUCAUCUUCCUACAAGGUAAAAAAACUCUGGAAAGAAAACCCCAGCCCCUUAUUGUAAUAUAUUGUCCAUUUUCAAGUUGUGUUUGAGGGAAAUUUUAAAUCUGUACAGUAAUUUCCUGCAGGUACCUAGUCAAACCCCACUGUGACAUUUAGUCACACAUGUCACUUGUAGACUCGAUUAAACAGAUCGCUAGGUUACUGCACAGUUUACUUCAGAUGGCUGAGAAAACAACCAGAGGCUCGCAGGAUGUCCCUGGCUCUUCUCCUGAUGAGAAUGAAUUUCCUUUCGGAUAUCCCACUAACAUUUGUGAGGAUGCGCCCGAUCAGAAGUACCUGUGCAGCAACUGUAAUAACAUUCUGAAGAAAGCCCUGCAAACGCUCUGCGGCCAUAGGUACUGCUCCGCCUGCCUCUCCUGGAUUGUACGAAACAAUAAAAAUGCAAUUUGCCAGAAAUGUAAAGAGGAAGAUCCCAGCACUUUAGGUGAGGGAAGCCUAUUGGCAGAAGAAAGGGCUUUUGGUGAUGCUGCCAUUAAUAAUGAGAUUUCUGAACUAAAAGUACACUGUGUGACCCUUGGAUGCAGUUGGUCUGGUACCAUGAAAAAUUUUGAAGAGCAUCAGAGUUUAUGUGAAUAUGCUUUAAUCCCUUGUCACACUGGUUGUGGACACAUGGUGAUGAGAAAGAAACUUGCAGAUCAUUUGGAAAAUGGAUGUGUUAAUAAUGUGACAAUGUGUCAGAAGUGUAAGCGGAGCUUAUCCAGCAGUGAAUACCAAGAACAUUCAUGUGAAGACAGUUUAUGUAAGGACCAAAACCCUGUGCAAACAGAAACACCAGCAAAGGAGAAGAACCGCUCUACACCUUUAAUCAACAAGGAUGGAUGUCGUUUUUCUGAAGUAGGCUGUUCAUUUAGGGGAAGCAAAGAGAAGAUAAAGGAGCAUGAAAAAACUGCAGUUGGGGCCCACAUGCUGCUUCUGCUGCAGCACAUUAAGCAACUGAAGGCAAGCUUGUGCACUGCUGCCAAAGCUGCACAUGGUUUCAUCCCACAGCCAAAACUGAAUGUGAAUGGUGCAGGAAAAAGCAUCUCUGAUCUGCAGAUCCCAGUAGGGCUGGAAAUCAACGGGGACCUGGAAGUAGACUGUUUCCCUGGAUCUUCUGUUUCUGAAGAUGAAUCUGUUCUGCAACAACUUGUGAGAGAGAAAGUGAUUUCUGAGCUAGAAAAUAAGCUACAUGUGUUUGAGAAUAUUGUGGCGGUGCUCAAUAAAGAGGUAGAGACUUCUAACUUGGAAAUCACAGCCUUUCGGAGACAGAGUGAACUUGAUCAAAAUAUAAUACGAGGCCUUGAGCUGAAGAUUGCAGAGUUGCACCGGUGCCUGACGCAGAAGGAUGCAGGCCUGAGCAGCCUUCAUAAGAGUCUUCUGUUCUCUGAGCAAGCUUCCUAUGACGGGGUCUUUCUGUGGAAAAUAACAGAUGUUGGCAGGAAGUUACAAGACUCUGUGACUGGAAGAACAGUCAGUUUGUAUUCACCAGCUUUCUACACUGCAAAGUAUGGAUACAAGGUCUGUCUGAGGGUUUAUCUGAAUGGGGACGGGACAGGCAAAGGAACCCACGUGUCCCUGUUCUUUGUUGUCAUGAAAGGAGACUAUGACGCUUUGCUCCCAUGGCCUUUCAGACACAAGGUUACAUUUAUGUUGCUUGACCAAAAUAACAGGGAACAUAUUAUUGAUGCAUUUCGCCCGGACUUGACUUCUGCUUCAUUUCAGAGACCAGUGAAUGAUAUGAAUGUUGCAAGUGGCUGUCCCAUGUUCCUCCCUUUGUCCAAAUUGCAGUCACCUAAAUAUGCCUAUGUGAAAGAAGACACGCUUUUCCUUAAAUGCAUUAUAGAAACAAAUUAGUAUAACUUGAAAUAUGGCUGUCUGGUAAAUCACCCAGUGAAUUUCAUUAGUUUACAAGAAAAAACCCCACACACAUCAGCUUGAGACCUUGUAUUAGUUUUCAUGUGCACACAAAAUCAGAGAGCCUGAGCCUGUGCUCGACUGAGUUAAUUCACAUCAGCUGCAAUCUGCCUGCUCGAGUUAGCUACUGCUGAGCAUGCCGAGUACUUUGCCCAGUGCCCCACGGAGUACGCUACUGCGAGUGAGAACUGUGAUUAUUUCAUCAGCACAGCCGAUACUCCCGCUUUAGAUGUAGGUUACGGUCACCCCCCAACCCCGCAGAUGCACUUGUGGAACAAGGCACCAUUCUUUCUCACACCUGGCCACACCUGGCCCUGGUGUGGGUGUCAUUCUGCCUAGGGAGGGUGGCCCAAGCUCCCUUCUAGCACCCUUGGCUUUGCAGGUUUCUGGGGUGCCAGGGCUGAAGCUGAGCUUUCCACUCCUCCUGCAGCGUGUGCCGCUCCCUUUUCCGGGGGUACGAGGCGAGGACCUGUCAGACUGCGCUGGCUGGCAGCCAUCCUGUGGGAUUUUGGCUGUUCCCCCACCAGGGACAAUGGCAGAUUCCUUCCCCUGAGGCACAGAUCGGGUGUCUCUGUUUGUGCCUAUUGAUGACCUUGAAGGCAGUGAGUUGUGGAUAGCAUUUGUAGCUUGAAUUCCUUAUACUGGAUGAUUUAUUUCUUGCUAUUUAUUUUAGACCUAUAUUUAUGCGCUCUGUAAAAGAGGCGUUCUAUUGCAUCAGCGAUCGGUGACCAAAUUACACUGUGCCUUGGGGAAAUCACCUCUGGUAUUUCAGGAGUUGUUUGACUUUCCCAUUUCAGAUAUUGAGCUCUGAGGGUUGUUAACCCCUGGGAAGUCCAGAGCUGCCAGUCCAGGUCAUGGUAAGGACCCCUCAGUAGCUUUGUUUUAAAGUGUUCUGUUGCUUCCUGAACCUUCAAGGCAAGUGACUUCCUAGAAAGUACUGAUCUUUUUUUUUAUUGCUUAGUUCUUUUUAUGUACUCUGAUGUUUAAGUCUUUUCACAUGCUAAAAUAGAAGUAACUGCUAGAAUUUUUUAUUUUUUUUCAAAAAUAGAGGUAAGGAAUUAAUUUUUUUUAUAAGCAAAUCAAGCUCAGAAAUAUCUGGAUGUGUGUGAAGUUCAAAUGCUAUGCCUUAUUCCCAGAGACCACCGAGCCUCGCCCUCUUUGUUCCCUGCUUAACCACCAGCUAACCAGGAUGAGUGGAGUCGAGCUGGGGUUUGGUGCAGCAGUUUCUGAACUUCCAGCAAACUCGUGUCGCAGCUCAGCUUGAGCUGUUCCGCAGGACGGGUGGGACAGCAGUGGUACCACCAACCCAAGGGCCGAGCUUGCAGACAGAGGCAGGUGUGUACGUACAAGUGAAGGGCCUUUAUGCAGUUCCUUCAUUCAUUUCUCCUUCGUGGUAUCUCCCAAGUCCCAAUUGAAAACACAAAGCCGACAGACCAUGCUGCGCCCACUGCGUGAGAAGGGAAAGGAGAAACUGUCCACUUAUAUUUUGCAAACCAUGGGAAUGGCAGCCGGCGAGCAGAGCUGGUGAAGUGUUGUGUGUUGGGACUAACCUCCAGCCUGACUGCCAGCAUAUGAAGACAUUUGCCAAAUCUCUGAUUUCUAUCUUGACAGCAUCCUUUAAAAUAAUUAGUUGUGAUGAAGUAUCAAAUGUCAAAAAAGCCCCACCCCAUAAAGAAAUACCGAUCAAGUUUGGUUGGGAAGGAACUGAAUAUUCUUUGCUGUCACACACACACAGAGUCUCUCUCUGUCUUUUUCUCUCUUCCAUGUUUAAAAUGUUCUUUCAGGGACAGAAAGUUAUUUUUCCAGUAAUGCCCUAGCCCCCGUAACCACACUGGAGUAAUAACGCCUCAAAAUAUUACACUUGUCGUGGCUGUGUAAUUUUAAGUGCUGUAUUUAUUACAAUCAUUCAUAUUUUCUUACAAUUUUAUUUAUUUCCUAAAUAAAGCUCACUACCUUAAAAAA